AAAGACAGAGAAUUUUGGUGCUAAAACCUCUCUGAGCUGUACAAAGCAGUCAUUACAUUACAAAUUGACGAAGAUCUGCGACUCUCUCUCUUCGUUUCGGUGGUGCGUGACUGCUUCAUCUCUCUCCUCUCUUCAAUUCAAGUCUCCAACUGUUUUCUCUGUACUGCGGAAUUGAAGUAGCGGAGGAGAUGACGAGUCGCCUGAAGGAAGACGAGAAGAACGAGCGCGUGAUUCGAGGUCUUCUCAAGCUUCAACCUAAUCGCAGAUGCAUUAACUGCAACAGUCUGGGACCACAAUAUGUGUGCACAAAUUUCUGGACGUUUGUUUGCACGAACUGUAGUGGAAUACAUCGGGAAUUCACUCAUCGAGUAAAGUCAGUUUCAAUGGCUAAGUUUACUUCACAAGAAGUUAGUGCACUUCAAGAAGGAGGAAAUCAGCGUGCAAAAGAAAUAUAUUUUAAAGAAUGGGAUGCACAACGUCAUUCUUUCCCCGAUAGCAGUAAUGUUGACAGGCUACGAGACUUUAUUAAGCAUGUUUAUGUGGAUAGAAGAUUUACUGGAGAAAAGCCCAAUGACAAACCACCAAGAGUCAAAGCAGGUGACAAAGAUGAUUUCUAUCAAGGAGGAGGAUCUAAAAGCCCUCCCUAUGAGGAUGCAUAUGAACGUCGUUAUAGUGACAGAUCUAGUCCAGGUGGAAGAAGUCCUGGAUAUGAUCAAGAAAGUAGGCAAUAUGGUGAUUAUAGGAGAAGUCCUGGUCGUCCUCCAAUAAUUAAUGAUUGGCGCCGUGAAGAUCGUAGAAUAUCAGAUGGAGAUUAUAAGGUGGAAAGCCAAUCUCCUGAGCGAGCCAAAGAUGUGGGUUCUUCAAGCCCACCAGUGGUCCGACCUGUUAGAGAAAUAUUGGGAGAAAAUGUAGUACCUCUUCGGAUAAGUGAACCACCCAAAUCAAACAGUGGAAGACCUGCUGAUAGUUCAGCAUUGACACAGAGAACUGCAUCUUCCAGUAGCUUAACAUCUGUCAACGAAAAUCCAGUAGAUGUUAAACUUGAGACGACUAAGAGCCUUAUUGAUUUUGAUGCUGAUCCUGAACUUCCGGUAGCUCCAUCAGUUCCUCAAGCCCAACAAUCUACUGUGCCGCAACCUGUUGUGCAACCAGCAAAUUCCGGCAAUGACAAUUGGGCCUCUUUUGAUGUUGCUCCUGGGGCAAAAGCAACUCCAAGCUCCUCAAAUUUCAAUUCACUUGAAUCAGUGUUAUCCGAAUUGUCUGUGCCAGCAUCUUUACCUGCUCAAUUUUCUGGAGUCCAAGUACCUAUUCCAGCACCAUCUCUUACUUCUACUUCUGGACCCGCAAAUGUUACUGGUUUCUCAGCUUUCCCACCCAGCAAUGCUUCAGUACCAUCUCCUGGAUUGACAUCAGUAUCGCCUCUUAAUAAUGCAGGACAGUGGGCCAGUUUGCAGCAGCAACAACCAUUGUUCCCUGCUGCUGCUAGUCAGUCUACUACACAACAAUUUACACCACCAUUAGGUGGAGCAGCAAAUAAUCAGUCAUGGAAUGUACCUUCUGCACCCACAGUGCAAGGACAUCCAAACACACCAAUGCCGCAUACAUACCAUCAUGCCUCAAAGCCUGCCAAUGAGGCUAUAUCCAGUGUUGUUUCACAACCUCCUGCUGUGGAAGUUAAAGCAAGUGGAAGGAAAGAACUUCCUGAGGAUCUGUUCACUGUAAAAUAUUCUCCCUUCCCAGCUCCAGUUGUAGGUUGGCAAAUGGGUGUUCCCCAUGGCAUGGGUAUCGCAAUGCCAUACAAUAAUGUGGUGCCUGUGCCAAGUUUUCCUCAGCCAUCAAGGUCAAUAAAUCCAUUUGAUGUCAGCAGUGCACCAGCCCCAAAUCAAGCCCCAACUUUUCCUUCUAUGUCAUCCUUGCAAGGUGCCCUGCCUAGUGUACCGCCUGCAGGUGCAGUGCACCCUUCAAACAUGGGUAAUCCAUCACUUGCCUGGACUCCACCCCUGUCAUCAUCAUUUCGUCCUACACAAGCACAAAUUCAUGCAUCUGCAUUGGGGCCAAGGGCAUACAUGGGGCAACAAAUGCCAACUAACAUGCCAAUACCAAGGCAAGUUGGGGAUUUCGGAAAUCAAGGAGCUGCUUUCGGCUUGUGAAAUCCUGAUCAGCAGCUGACCGGUGGGUUAUCGAACACUCCCCCCUCUAAUUCAUUCCCUACAGGAGGAAACCCAUUCAGAUAAUGUGAAAAAUUGUCCACCUGGACUUGUAAAGUCAAUCAUCAACUUGUUGCCCCCUGUAUAAAUAUGUGCAAGUUUCAGCUUCACUUUCUGUUGUCAGUCAAAGUGAUACAUACACUUACGGAUUAUGGAGUUUGUGGUAACCCCUGGGUUGAAGUCAUAUUGCAUUUGGCCAGUGUAAAUUGCUAUUUCUAUCGGAAAGGUGAAGACAAAAUCUACUUUGAAGAGGGGAAAGGAGUGAGAUAAAGAACAGAUGAAUGAAAGGGGUGAAGAGAACCAUUCGAGGAGUCAUAAUUUUUCUUCUCUUUUUUGGGGUGCACCCAUGUGUUGUUCAUUUGUAAUUGUAGUAUAGAUUGGUUGGUGGUGUUUUUUUGGUGCUCCCUGUAGCCCUACUCGUGUUCUUUUUUCUUUUUCUUUUUCUUUUUCUUUUUUUGGGGGGAGGGGGGAGUUUUACUAUAUUGUAUGAUUUGUGACCUCACAAUUUUGGUAAGGUUUUUCAAUUUUAUGCAUGAAAUGAAAUUAAGCUGUUUUUUUUUUU